CGUCCAUACUUGUCGCUAAAGUUACGUUUCGAGCGAAAGGUGAUGAACAGUCAUCGGCAUUUAAAUCUUGCGAGAGUUUGGCAAAACACAAAGUUCGAGCGUCGGACAAUGCUGACGAAAGUAAAUGUUACUUUAGUAUAUUAUAGCAAUGACUGAGAAAUUACGGAGAUAUGAAAAAAUCGAUUUUCUAGGAGAAGGACAGUUUGCCACUGUUUACAAAGCAAAAGAUGUAAAAACAGGAAAAAUUGUAGCCGUUAAAAAGAUAAAAGUCGGUAGCCGUGCCGAAGCUAGAGAUGGUAUAAACAGAACUGCUUUGAGAGAAAUUAAGCUUUUACAGGAAUUGAAACACGAUAAUGUGAUUGGAUUAUUAGAUGUAUUUGGUCACAAGUCCAAUGUUUCAUUGGUAUUUGAUUUUAUGGAUACAGAUUUAGAAGUGAUAAUAAAAGACAGCAAUAUAGUCCUGACUGCUGGUCAUAUAAAGGCAUAUAUGAUUCAAACUCUCCAAGGUUUAGAUUAUUUGCACUUUAAUUGGAUACUUCAUAGAGAUUUGAAACCAAAUAAUUUAUUGGUUACCUCUGAAGGAGUAUUGAAAAUAGGAGAUUUUGGAUUAGCCAAAUUUUUUGGUUCUCCAAAUAGAAUAAACACUCAUCAGGUGGUGACCAGAUGGUAUAGAGCCCCUGAACUACUUUAUGGCGCAAGACUUUAUGGAACAGGUAUAGAUAUGUGGGCGGUCGGUUGUAUAUUAGCAGAGUUAUUAUUACGUGCACCCUUUUUACCCGGAGAAUCGGAUCUGGAUCAACUUACCAGGAUAUUUCAGACGUUAGGUACACCAACCGAAGAAACAUGGCCAGGCAUGACCGAAUUGUCCGAUUUUAUUCAGUUUAAGCCUUUCCCAGGAACGCCAUUAAAACAUAUAUUCACUGCUGCGGGCGAUGAUUUAUUAGAUUUAAUAGCCAGUCUGUUAAAUGUCAAUCCAUUAGAGAGAUGUACGUGUGACCAAGCUUUGCAAAUGCCAUAUUUUAGCAAUAAACCAUCUCCAACGCCUGGAUCUCGAUUACCUCUUCCAACAACGAUAAAACAUCAACCGGAAGAAAAGACCAGUUUAAAGCGUAAAUUACUGGAGACUAUAGAUGGUGCUCCUCUUGCUAAAAGACUGCAAUUUUAAUAUAGGCAGAAGAAAAAUGAAAAGAUCGUCACGGAUUUGUAAAUUAUAAUAUACUUUUCUUAAAUCUGUUUAAAAAGGAUUGUCAAAUAAAUAUAAAUACUUUUUAUGUUA